UGAUAAAAUAAUUUUAAGAAUAGAACAAAAAUCCUCAAAAUGGUAUCUCCUGUAAACCUUUCUUAUCUAGAAAUUUUGUUUUUAAACCAUUUUUCUGUUUUUUUCUCCAAAAACUUGUGAAAAGGGGCAGAUUUAGUCCUUCACAAUUCUGUAUAUUCUGGAACCUAUCUUCAUAAAAUCUGCAUAGUUCAGAGUCCAUUCCCAAAAACCUUUACACAAAGAGCACUCAUCCAUGGCAUUUGCUCACAACUUGCUAACCGUCCCAGCUGAUACUUCAAAUCCCCACUCCGCUACUUCGAUUAUUACCCGCCCCUUUUCAUCUUCUUAUAAUUCUCUAUCUUCUUUGAGUUUUUCUUAUUCUCCCCUAAAAUUUAACACUCGCAGGGUCUCUAAUUUCCCCAAGAAUUUGAGUCUCAGCCACAAAGCAUCUGUUAAGGCCCAGGCAUCUGAAGCCAGCUCAGCUGCAGAUGCUUUCACCAACUUCAAGCAUGUACUCCUACCAAUUACAGACCGGAAUCCUUAUCUCUCUGAGGGCUCAAGACAGGCUGCAGCAACUGCCACUGCUUUGGCGAAGAAGUAUGGAGCUGACAUAACAGUUGUUGUUAUUGAUGAAAAGGAGAAAGAAGCAGUCCCGGAGCAUGAGACCCAACUGGCGAGCAUCCGGUGGCAUUUAUCUGAAGGUGGAUAUCAGGAGUUCAAGCUGUUAGAACGGCUAGGUGAAGGAAGCAAGCCAACAGCCAUUAUUGGUGAAAUUGCUGAUGAGAUGAACUUGGAUGUGGUAAUUAUGAGUAUGGAAGCUAUCCAUUCCAAGCAUGUUGAUGCAAACCUACUCGCUGAGUUCAUCCCUUGUCCUGUAUUGCUUUUGCCCCUAUGAAGAAGAAAUGUAUCUGAAAAGCCAGUGGAGUUUGAUUUUAGGAUCAAGGGUAUUAGCAUUACCUCACUUGUAGUUUAUUAUUAUCUUCAUCGAUAUGAUCUCCUACCUUUUGACCUUUUGAUUACGUUUUCUGCUUCAUUGACCAUAAAUGCAAGUUUUAGAUUUGCGAUGACUGGUAAUAGAACGAAAAACAGAAGCUGGUUCAUUGUAUCUCAGUCGUAAGAAGACAUGGAUGUCGUCCACUUUAAGUGUUAGCCUUGCUCAUCUUGAUAGCUGCCAUGAGUUUGUGUAUCCGGCGUUUAAAUUGAUAGAAUUGGAUUUCUUCUGUUUAUACUUAA